ACUACAUUUACCUAAAGCAGUGUCAUUGAGAAACAUGGCCGCUUCCACGGGUGCUGCAAGCUCAGCUGUCUCCGACCCGCAAGGUCCAGCUUCGGCGGGUUCGAGUAUGGACAGCCCUACCAUUCAGUACAGUACGGUUCUGGAGCAUCUCAUUGGGGACAAGAGGCCCAUAAAGGACCUGAACCCCGGCGUUAUGGGGGGGCUGCCGGUGCCUCCAAAGAGUGACGAACAGAAAAUGAUAGAGAGGGGAAUGGAGAGCUGCGCCUUCAAGUCCAUCCUGGCCUGUGUGGGAGGGUUUGUCCUUGGAGGAGCUUUUGGUGUUUUCACAGCUGGUAUCGAUACCAAUGUUGGCUUUGACCCUAAAGACCCUUUGAGAACUCCAACAGCACGGGAAGUCCUUAAAGACAUGGGUCAAAGAGGGAUGUCUUAUGCCAAGAACUUUGCCAUUGUGGGGGCCAUGUUCUCCUGUACAGAGUGCAUCAUAGAAUCACAUAGAGGCAAAUCUGACUGGAAGAACGCAGUGUACAGUGGUUGUGUAACUGGAGGAGCCAUUGGGUUUCGUGCUGGUCUGAAAGCUGGGGUUCUGGGAUGUGGAGGCUUUGCUGCAUUCUCUGCUGCAAUUGAAUACUACCUUCGUUGAACCACUGAGGAGAGUGGCUCAAAGACUAGAACUUGCUGCACAUGUGGACUCUCGCUGGGAGAAAAGCAGUACACCAAUUGUUAUAAAAGUGACGCCACAGUGGACUGAAGAAGACUUCUGGUUAUUUUCCUUUGUCAUGUGGAGCUGAAGCCAACCUAAUGUGCAGAAUCUCCAGCUGAUGAGCAGAGUGGGCCUGCUUCUGGUUCAGUGAGAAGCUGAAAUCUUCGCUUUAAGUCAUGAUCAUCUCGGCUCAGAGACACUUCAUGUUUUAGAUCAUGGUUAUGAUUUGUCAGUAAAUAAUUCAUCAAUGAUUAUUUAUAUUAAAAAUUUUUUGUUAA